AUGCCUCAGGACAAGGACAAACAACGUGGUAGAGCCACUGUUGUCGAUGGGGAAACGCCUGGUGCUCCAGGCGGUCAGCAGUCGGCGCCCAGGAAGCUCACUGCUGUCGCCUGUAUUGAUUGUCGCAAACGGAAGCGCAAGUGCAAUGGCGAGCGACCUUCGUGUUCUGCUUGCCAGACUAGAGGACUGACAUGCAUCUAUGAUGUCGUCGAGGGGGCAACGCGAACCGAAGAUCUAAAACAAAAGGUCUCGUCGCUGUCGCUGAGAGUGCGUAAUCUCGAGUUGUUUGCCAACAAGUUGAGGUACAGCACCGACAACGAAGCAAGCGCAAUCCUCGCUCAGCUCAGACUUGGAGAUACCAUCGAUGGGAUCCUUGGCGCCGACAUGGUUGACGGUGUUUCGGAAAUGGCCGAUGGAGAGCAGGGCAAAGAACAAGCUUUACCAACAUUGAGAAGCGGGUCAACAUUUGGCAUUGGACUUGCUCACAAUCCAGCAGGUCCAUCUCUGCUCACCAAUAUCCCACCUUACGACUCGACGCGUUCGGAGCGGAGUGUUAGUGUCGUGACGGGUAGCCCUGGCUUGGUCGAUGGAAACCACCGAGAAGCAAGUCUACCACGACAUGAAUACACUGCUUCUGCGUGGGCACCUCCGUUGUUUGCUCAGAACGAUUCGCAGCACUUGUUGUUUGAGGAUGACCUGUACUCAGACAUACAAAGCCCCAAGAGAAAGUCAUCGGUACUACUCGACGGCAAUGUGUCAGACUCCACCUACUUCGCGAGCGACCACAAGAAUCUAUGGAUCGAUCCAUCUCUAUCCUCGUCGACUGCGAACCCUACUUCGAAUUCAACCCCGGCUGGGUUGAGGGGGCACCCAGAGAUUCUGGACGGCCAAAGAGCAAAACGUGGAAUGCUCAGCAACGAUGCCCGUCCUGGAGGCGACAGCAUCACUAUCUCGUCGAAUCUGUUCAGCCCUGCCGGGACUGCCCCAAUGUCGCUGCCUCUGAGCCCAGGGUCGCUCGGAGUGGACCUGACGGCACCGGCAUGGGCAAUCACGUCCAUGUACCUCACUGACGAUCUCGAUAUGAUGUCCAGUGUGUACGUCGACUUUAUCCACGAAGCCAAGAGACUCAUCACUUCCGGUGUCGCUCCAGAUCGCUUGUUCGGACUUCUCCCAGACGUCGAAGCUCUCGUGAGCGAGCCCGCUUUUCGAAGAACAUCUUUCCUGUCGCAGUGGACCGCAAGACUCGCCAAUAGCUUUGGAAUCCAAUCACUACCAUGUCGCAUGGCCAUUAUGUGGCUCCAGUGGCUUCUUAUGCGAUGGAUCGUUCACCCGAUCCCGUCAACCUAUCUCGCCAUUCCAGACUGGUACCGACCUACACCCUAUCAGAUGUUUGUUCCACACCCUGUCUAUGUCGACUUCCAUAUCUGGCCAAGACUUCGAGAUGCAGUCAUCCAGCGUGUCGAUCUGCAGCGUCAGCCCUUGUAUUGGUACUCCGAGGCAGCCAAAACGCUCGACUGUAAUUGGCUUGGUAGCGAUCAAGAUGCCGUGUCCUACGACAUGAAUGCCAGGUUAACGCUCUCAACACUCUUUGUUCAGCAUUUAACGGAUCUUAACAACUGGAGCCUUGGACCUGUCAUCAGAAAACAUAUUCCAGAUGCAUGUAAUGUUGUCCAGAUCAAUUACGGUCCAAUGUAA